AUGGACCAACUUUUUAGCAUUGUGCAGUUUGGCUCUAUAGGCCCACUGCAGCCCAAAUCAAGCAAAUUGACAAUUACUUUGCUUGUGAUUACCUGUUGCGUCUUCGCCGUGACAACUGGAUACGAUGCUGGCUUGAUGAAUGGCAUUAACAUGAUGCCCCAGUACGUGGAUUGGUUUCAAUUGACGACGGUGACCAAGUCUCUGAGCACUUGUGCGUCCUACAUUGGAUGGUUUAUUGCUGCACUUUUCAUGGGUCCUGUUAUUGAACGCACCGGUCGAAAGGGCGGUAUUGUUGUUUCAAUCAUCCUGAAGCUCAUUGGGAUUGCAUUGAUGACAUCCGCUCAAAGCGUCGGCAUGUUCAUUGGAGGCCGUAUAAUUUUAGGAUGGGCCAAAGGAACCGCAGCUAUUGCUUCUUCCACUUGGUUGGCAGAGACUUUACCAUCGGACAUUCGUGGACGAGGCCUAAGUGUCACGUACUCGGUCUUUUUCGUUGGUGCACUCCUCGCUUCUGGGAUAUGCUAUGGCACGGCAAAUAUAGCUAGCUCAUGGUCCUGGCGUCUUCCAUGUUUACUUAUGUCUAUGUGGUCCCUUGUUUGCUUUGGUGUACUGUUUGCGACGCCUGAAUCGCCUAGGUGGCUGGCUUAUCACGGCCGAGAAGACGAAGCCUUAAAGGUUGUAGCGUCCAUUUAUUCGUCCGGUGACGUUUCUUGUCCGGUUGCAAUUGCCCAGCACCUUGAAAUUCUCAACGCAAUGCGACAUGAGCAAGAAAGUGGAAAGACGCUCUCCUACGCGGAGAUUGUGCGAACCCCUAAUUCUCGCAAACGCCUCAUUCUCGCUCUGAGUGUGGCAGUUAUCUCUAUGUUAUCGGGGAACAACAUCGUAUCAUACUACCUGGGUGAUAUGCUUACUACGGCUGGAAUUUACAACAGUCAUGUACAGCUUCAAAUUACAAUCGUCCUUAAUUCAUGGGCAUUAGUCUGCGCAAUGUCUGGCACUUUCCUGACGGAUAAACUUGGACGAAAAACGUUGUGCUUGAUGGCAUGCACUAUGAUGACUAUUACCUUGUUCUUGGUUGGAGUUUUAACUAAAUUCUUUGGAAAUGGAGCCGAUACAUCCGGGGUAUAUGCCACGAUUGCCAUGAUUUUCCUUUUCCAAGGCUCUUAUAGCUUCGGUAUCACCCCUAUAACCCAGCUUUAUCCGCCUGAGGUGCUUAGCUACUCGAUCCGUGCAAAUGGCAUGGCAGCUUGGACUCUAGUUGUUAAUCUUUGCGGACUUCUCUCGACACUGGCAAUGCCAAUCGCACUGGGAGCGAUUGGUUGGAAGAUGUACAUGAUCAAUGGUGCGUGGGAUGCACUACAAGCAAUAUUCGUGGUAUUCUUUUGGAUUGAGACCAAAAAUCUCUCGCUUGAAGAUAUUGAUCGGGUGAUUGAUGGCAACCCGCCACUCAAUGGCAUCGACCCUGAAGGGCACUAUGACAAAAAGGAUACCAAAGACCUGAAUCCGAUCACAGAGCAUGAAGUUCAGAAGACGACCCGGGUUAAGCGGUUUUUCUGA